UACUGCAUAAAGAAUUUGCUCUUGGUCAGAAGUUAAUCGACGAGAUGAGGAGCCAAGAUUUUUAUUUUGAUGAUGCCACCAUGCGAACAAUGAUAAAAGUGUUUCAUUGUCGCACUAAUGAUAGGGUGUUCAUUGAGAACAGUGAAAGAAUUGUCCAUUCAUUGUUUGAUUAUAUGAGACAAGAACCAUACUUUCCAUCAAAGGACCUAGCUGAUGAAAUAGGAAGGUGGUUUAAAACUAAAAGACAUGAGAAAUGGAGAUCUGGAUAUGCUGGACUAGAUGAGAAUGGUAUAUGUGGUAUUUGUGGAAAACAGCUUGACCCAUUGACGCUAACAGAUAAUGAAUUUAAACAGUUACAUGACCAGAUAAUGGAGAAGGUCAUCAAGAGUAAAGACGUCUAUUUGAAAACAUCACCACAAGAAUUAAAAGCAUUCAUCGAAUAUGUAAAUGAUGGUCCAUCUUAUGAUGUUGUUAUUGAUGGUUUAAAUGUAGCACACAUUGAUCCAUUUGUAAACAAGUCACUGCAACUCAGACAAGUGGUUGUAUAUUUUGCUGAACAAUUAAGAAAACGAGUGUUGGUAAUUGGUAGGAGACAUAUGCUGAGUUAUAGAGGAGAUUGGCAGGCCUAUAAUAUGACAUGGAUUAAGGAAAUUGCUGACUGUUUUUUUACUGAUAAUGUUUCUCACGAUGAUCCCUUCCUACUGUAUGCAACUUUACAUAGUGGAAACAAUGCUGUGUACGUAAGUCGUGAUAUGAUGAGGGACCACAAAGCUUUGUUGGACAAACAGACGCAUGCAUACUUUGUUAGAUGGCAGAGAAGUCACCAGUUUGUACCAGAGAAAAUCAGAAAAAAUAAACCCCCAUUAUUUCAGCGUCCACUGCUGCAUGACACCAGAUUACAAACUGAUGGGAAAAGUUGGCAUAUUCCCAUCGAUUUUGAACUGUCAAAUCAGCACUGGAAAUUACCAAAUGUCUGGCUGUGUGCAACAAGAACAAAAUGAAGAACACGUAAAUAAGGAUUCAGUAUUAUGUGGCGUGUUGAUUUGAAGCCAUGAUGUCAUGGUUAUAAUAAUUCAUUAUUUUUAUGAAAAUAAAAUUAUGUUUAGUGGCUUGAGGUGACCUCAGUCAAA